AUGACAUUUCUACCCUCACGCUUCCCGCUAUUCACAAAUCUCUUACUAUACUUUUCAUCACUAUACUUUUCAUCGCCAUUCAUUCGACACCGUUCCAUUCUGCACACUGUAGAACUGAAAAUGGCGACGGAGAAAGUUUUCAACGGAAGAGAAGAAUUCAGCGAUUCUUCAAACGCGUUCCAUUCGAUUCUAGCAUUAUCGUUGUGGCUCGGAUGGAUUCACUUCAACAUUGCUUUGAUCCUCUCCGCUAUAUUCUUGCUUCCUCUCUCCAAAUCUCUCUUGGUUAUAGGUUUUCUGGCAUUGUUCGUGGUGCUUCCACUGGGAGCUAAGAGUAAAUUUGGUAGAAGAUUGUCUAGGUACAUAUGCAAGCAUGCUUGUAGUUACUUUCCUGUUACGCUUCAUGUGGAGGAUAUAAAAGCUUUUGAUCCUAAUCGUGCUUAUGUCUUUGGUUAUGAACCACAUUCAGUUUUGCCAAUUGGCGUUAUUGCCCUAGCUGACAACACAGGUUUCAUGCCUAUUCCAAAAGUUAAAGUUCUUGCUAGCAGUGCGGUGUUCUACACACCAUUUUUAAGACAUAUAUGGACAUGGCUGGGUCUUACAACAGCAUCAAGGAAAAAUUUUACGUCCCUGUUAGCUGCUGGCUAUAGUUGCCUUUUAAUACCUGGUGGAGUUCAAGAGGCAUUUCUCAUGCAGCGUGGUUCUGAGAUUGUUUAUCUUAAGUCAAGAAGAGGUUUUGUCCGCAUAGCAAUGGAGAAAGGCCAUCCCUUAGUUCCAGUUUUCUGCUUUGGUCAGUCAGAUAUCUACAGGUGGUGGAAACCUGGUGGGAAGUUGUUUCUGAAAUUUUCUAGGGCUAUCAAGUUCACCCCAAUAUAUUUUUGGGGUAUUUUCGGAUCCCCAAUACCGUUUAGGCGUCCUAUGCAUGUGGUGGUGGGUAGGCCAAUUGAACUCAAGAAAAAUCCAGAACCAACCACGGAGGAGGUUGCCAAGAUACAUUGUCAAUUUGUGGAAGCACUUCAUGAUCUCUUUGAAAGGCACAAAGCUCAGGCUGGCUAUCCCAACCUUGAGUUAAGAAUUGUUUGAUAAGGGGCCUUAAUAUCGUCCUAUGAAUUUCAUUGAUUUAUUAAUGUAUUUUCUGUUAGUAACUUCUUUAAGGUCGGGGGUUGGUCUAUGUAAUUGGGUUAUGUAUUGCAUGCACUAAUAAAAGACCAACACCCUGUGGGGUAAUUGAAUAGAAGUAACAAUGCAAAUGAGGUGGUGGUGACCUCCAUUGCACUUACGUGCUGCCUACAUAAUUUAUUGCUGUGGCGGCCUGCGAUCACGCAGUUCCCUUGAAAAAAAGAAAAGAAAAAUGGCGGUUUCUUUGGUCAGGUUUAUUUAUUCUUCAGUAUAAAUACUGAAUGUUUGAAAAAAAAACCUGAUGUAAUGGUUGACUUGUGUAAAAAAUGUAAUGGAUGACUAAGGUUACAAAUUCAUGUUGCAAA